AUGCAGCAUCUCGAAACCGCCAGAAAGGCGGAAGAAAUCCGUAUCGAAGCAGCCCGCAAGGAUCGUCAACUGCAGAUGGAGCUGGAAAAGCAACGCCUUUCUAGCGACUUAUUGCGUCAACAGCUGGCCGACGAAAACGCCGUAGACGGCGACGAAAUGGGCAAGACCGCAGAUCAAGGAGCGUUCAGCAUUUGGGACGAUUUUCCUCCCGCCCCGCAAAUUCCUGGCGGGCCGGCACCGACCAGCAGGUCGCUGUCCGGCAAAAACGGGCCGGCUUGGCCUCAGCAGAGGUCCAGCACGCCACUCCCACCGCUCAAUGUGAACACGCCACCUUUUGUGCCAAAUACGUCUUGUAGUCAAGCUCAAAGGAAACAAGAUGGUUUCGGUGCAGCAGUCCCGCAAACCUUCCCUUCGACGUUGCCACGAAUUCCAACUAGUGGCCAAAACAUUCCAGCAGCAGUCGUCUUCGUUCCAGCAGCAGCCGUUCCAGCAGAAGUCAUCUUCGUUCAAGCAGCAGCCGUUCCAGCAGAAGUCAUCUUCGUUUCAGCAGCAGCCGUUCCAGCAGCAGUCGUUCCAGCAGCAGUCAUCUUUGUUCCAGCAGCAGCCUCGUUCAAGGUACAAAUCCACGACACCUGCUUCAGCGACGCAGAGCGCCAACACCACCUCCGCACAAGCCUGACUACCGAGAUCCAGAAUAAUCUCGCUGAAGCGCUGCUCAAUCCCGGGCUCUACCCAUUUGCUCUGACAGAGCUGCAUCGAAAGUUCGGAAACCCGAGAAUCGUUUCGACCGCCUGCUCCUCCGCGCUCUUAAAACUUCCCUCCUUCAAAGACAGUGAUUACGAGUCCCUAAAAUCGUUCUCGUCGACGCUUCACUCAGUUGUAGCAACCUUGCAGUUAGGUGGCUACGGACUCGAACUUCACAGCAGCACCACUCUGGCCCAAUUAGUCGGAAAACUCCCGCCGAUUCUACGCAGCAAGUGGGCCGAAGUGAGCUACCGAAUUCAAGGUCGUCUGCCGACGAUACUCGACCUGGAUGGCUGGCUCGAUGACGUCGCGAUGGCGGAAUAUUUCGUCCGUGUUGGCGCCAACCCCGCCGCCCAGUUUCCAGCCAGCAAUCACCCAAAACCGAACAACGACAAGCAGAGAAAGCCGAUCGCAACGCCAAUGGUAUUUUCCACCACGGUAAAAAUAGCGUCAUGCCCGCAUUGUGCUGGUGCUCAUCGACUUCAUCUCUGCGACAAAUUCAAAGCCUUAAAUGCAAAUAAACGAAUAGAAGUGGUAAAAGAAAAAAGAUGUUGCUACCGCUGUCUAGACGACCGCCAUCUUAGUUCCGAGUGUUUAAAGGAAAGUGAGUGCGGAAUUGAAGAAUGCAAGCGACUUCAUCACCCUCUCCUCCAUGGCGCCCCGAGGAUGUACCCGAAGACGCCGCGACCGAGCACGACGCCAUCUCUCUCAUCAACAAAUCCAUUUAACGGCUCCGUAUCCUUCAGCUACGAAGACGAAACAACCUUGCUGCCCAUCGUUCAAUUGCGUGUUGAAGCAAACGGCCGGUCUUGGAUCGGAUAUGGAUUGCUGGAUCCCGGAAGCCAAGUCUCCAUGAUCACGAACGCGCUGGCAGAUGAGCUGGGAUUGAAAGGCGAGAAAAUAGCGACGAGAAUCGGAACGUACCACGGCCGCGACCCACUUGCAAACGCGGCAAAGGUGUCAUUCAAAAUCUCGUCCAUCGACAAAGCCAGCUCAUUCGAAAUCCCAACCUGCUACUCCGUGCCUGUGUUAAAAAUCAGAAACGAAGUCGUCGAUCCGAAAAAAUUGGUGAAAGACUGGCCGCAUUUAUUUGGAUUAAAGGCCCCGCCCCAAAUGCCAGUCGACGUAAAUGUGUUGAUUGGAUCGUGUGAUAUGGCGCCGCAAGAAGUUCUUGAAAUUAAAAAGGAUCCGCUGAACGAGCGAGCCCCGCGCGGUCUACGUACAGCAUUCGGUUGGUGCAUUGCCAGCCCAAUUUCAUCCGUCGCCAACGCACAACUGAAGUGCAACUCUCUUUCAUUGACUCCGCCAGCAGACGAAGAUCUUGCCAACGUGAUCAACCGCUUUUUACUCCUCGAGACCUACGAAGCAAAAGCAGAUGUGAAGGCGCCAGUUGGCAAAGAAGAGUUGCGAGCCAUCAAGAUAUUGAAGGAGACGACCAGAUUCCUGGGCGACCGGUAUGAAUCGGGACUUCUCUGGAAAAAUGAAGACCCGAAUCUCCCCGACAACAGUGAGUCCAUCUUUGCCCGUUUCUUCAAGCUGGAGCGACGACUCAUCCUAGACGAGAAUUUGGGAAAGCGAUAUUCCGCCGCAAUCAACGAGUAUAUCAGCCUCGGCCACGCAAGAAAACUUUCAGCAGAAGAGGUGAAGAUACGACCAGCUGGUCGUACUUGGUUCAUCCCCCACCACCCGGUGAUAAAUCCGAAAAAACCGGAGAAGUGCCGCCCAGUUUUUGAUGCAUCCGCAUUCUACAAAGGAGCAUCGCUGAAUUCUGUGCUGCUGAAAGGCCCGGAUUUGCUGACCAAUUUGAUUGGUGUAUAG